AUGACAUUGCGUGACAAGAAUUUACUGCAAGGUGACAGUCAAUCAGCAACAACUAUACUUCGCGGUAGACCAUUAAACGAUCGAUGGUUAUUUCAUGUUGAUCAUCCUCAGUAUUCUACUCAUAUGCUCAUUCGCCGUUCGUUUGCUGUGGUUCCGGUUUUAGUGGGUCCUGCUAUCCCUCGUGAGGAUCGAGAAGAUACCGCAGAGAGAUACGCACGAGCUAUCUUAACACUAUUUCAUCCUUGGACGACUGUAUUUGAUAUUUGUCAUGUGAACCAAUCAUGGAGUGGGGCACUGAUCAUGUUGCAACCAACGUUCAGUUCAAAAUCGAACAAAGUUAUAUCCAAUAUUCAGCUUCUACACGAAUGCAAACGCGACCGUGACGAUGAUCUCUUUCAAUUGGUUAACAAACCAAUAGUAUCGAAGCCCAUGAGUACACCACAAUUAUACAUCGAUACCAGCAUGGAAGAAUCCGAGGAAAUCCUUGAUCUAUUAGAAGCAAGCACGAUUGCAGAUCAACCUUUGAUCAACCAAAAUAUGAUUCAACACGAAGGAUUGCGAGGUCGUAUUAAUCGCGAAUAUGUGGAUACCACAAUAGCAAAUGUGAUUUGUUCUGAACGUUUUUCACACGUGUCGGACGUCAGCGGGUUAUCUGAAUUAAUGACGAACAAUUCAAUAACUUCUUCACACAGAACAACGAUUGACGAGGUUGUGGCCCGGCAGGCCAAUUUCGAAGACAUUCAACAGAAUCGUGGUUGGCAGCAUGAUCUAAAGAAUCGAAAAGAUGAAAUCCGACGAACGAUGUUGUUUGGUUCGAGAGAAGAAUUUUCAACAGUAAACAAUGGUUAUGUGAAGAUUCGUUGUAGGAUUAAAUUGUGUAUUUUAGAAUGA